GGACUUGUAGUCUACCGCCGCUCGGAUGCAACAACAACCCCUGUGUGUGAACUCUGUUACCCAGAACACCAAGCAGCCUUCCAUUGCCCAAGUUUGUGGCACCUUUUGGUCCCCAGCCAUGCCUCAUAUCGACAACGAUUUGAAACUGGAUUUCAAGGAUGUCCUAUUGAGGCCCAAACGCAGCACCCUCAAGUCUCGAAGUGAGGUGGAUCUCACAAGAUCCUUUUCAUUUCGGAACUCAAAGCAGAUGUACACUGGCAUCCCUAUCAUUGCUGCCAAUAUGGAUACUGUGGGCACAUUUGAGAUGGCCAAAGUUCUCUGCAAGGUGGGACUUCCUCAUACCUGUUACCUAAUGGUGUCCAGUUAGCCCAGCUGGCUGGCUGCAGAGGUGUUUGCAUCCCUACUGGCACUCCUGUCACCUCUCUCUAGCAAUGAGCAAUUAGGAUGCUUUCUUUACUGUUUUCUAUACUACAAAGGCCUCUUUAUUUGAUCAGAUCAUAAGGCUGUCUGAAUUUUGAGAUUCAAAGUUAAAUUUGCCCCAUUUUUCUUAUAUAUGGCAGAACUUUCUCUUAUCACCCUUUUCUACUACACAGGUCACCCCAUCCUAUCAUGUAUGUCCCUUCAGUCACAACACUGUUUGCAACACUGAACAUUCAUUGUUUUAGUCCAGAAAAUAAAGUUUGAAUAUUCAGAUUUUUGUAAUUAGAAUAUUGUAGAAAGUUAA